AUGCCUUCGGCAUCCGGCCGCGACGAUGGCGCCGAGGCGGACUUUUCGUCCUACUACCUGGAGCGAGCCACGCACGAGCUUUCCGAAGACCUCGACAAGGUUCGCAAUGCCGAAGACUUCAAGCUCGAUUCCGUCUCCUUCCUGGUCCAUUCUCUCCGCCAGGGUGCCGCUCAAUUCUCAACCCAAGACCAGAAGAGAGUCGUCGCGCACCUUGCGCAGAGCAAAAGUAGCACUUGA